GAUGAAGUUGUCAUACGUGAAAAGGCAAUCAGAGUGUCAGGGAAAUUGGGUGGCGUAGCAGGAGUAUUACACGGUGUCAUCUGAAAAAAUAAUGCAAAUAUUAAAAUGCUGAUGUUAAUUUUCUAUAGAAACAACUCACUUGUCCAAAUCCAAACUGUGCUGAAUUUUGACUGCAACUUGAUACAGAAGAAUCUUGAAAAAAUAUGCUCAGUGCAGUCUGAAAUAACAAAAUAUUCAAGCUAGCUGUUGAUGACGUCUUCCGUCCAAAUACUUUUGAUCAACAAUUUAUAAAGAGCUGUAAGCGUGGUACCGGUACGAACAUUAACCAAGUUUUUUCUUUUGAUACUUCUUUGAGUAAAAUGUAUUGUUCAAAGUCUCUUACAAACACUUAAUAAUGAUGUGACAUGGGCAGACGCAGACCGGACUGGUGGUUGGAACAGCAACAUCAACAGCAGCAACGGGACUUACUGGAGGACGGUUGUCCUAGGAACGCGGCCAACGCGAGGGAGAGGGCUCGGAUGCGUGUGCUGAGCAAGGCAUUCGGCCGACUCAAGACUACACUGCCGUGGGUGCCGGCUGACACCAAACUAUCCAAGUUGGACACGCUUAGGUUGGCCACCACAUACAUAGCGCACCUGAGCUCGUUGCUAACGACUACCGAGCGGUCGGACGUCAUGGACCAGGGAGAUACCGCGACCCAGGUUGCGGUCACGUCCACGCAACCACUUAACUACGCCAUGACUUGGCCGUAUAACGCACACAACACCGCGAAAGAAUGUUCAUCGGCUGACGAUGAUGACUACAGAUACGACUGUUAUAAUGAUACAUUGGAAGAAAAAUCGUAUUCAACUUACGACAGUACUUACUACAAGUCUUCGAUCAACUCGUGAAUAUUAAUUGUCAUUCGUGUUUAUUAAUUUAUUCAAUAUAGACUUAGGUACUUAAAUAAAAAAAUAAUAUAUAUUAUCAUGAUUAUUUACUAUAGACAUAUGUGCACAUGUAAAAUAUUUCAAUUCGUAUUAUAUAUUUUAUCGAUUGGCGAUUAAUUUAUGGAUUUACACGUAAUUUAAAAUAAACUGUACAAUGAUUUUAAUAAAAACUACGAAAACAAUA